AUGAGCCCGCGGGGACUCGGAGCCGAGACCCUCCCGUCUCGCCGAUCCCCGCCGCGGCCCCCAGGGGCGCCCUCGAGCGGGGUCCCGCGGUGGGGAGCGCGCAGCCCGGACAGGGGCGCACGCGGCGUGGGUCCCCAAGGCCUGCAGCCUGGCCCGCCUCCUGCUCGGCCCGCCUCCUCCUCCAGCCCCAGCCGGAAACCAGCCUGGAGCCGGAGACUGGCGCGCGAGGCCCUCAAGCCUCCAGGCGCCGUCAGCGACCCGGGGCGCCCACGGGCGCCUCUGUCCACCGCCACCCGGGACCUGGACUCGGGCGCGGAGGGGCGACGAGGAGCCGCACAGCUCUCCGAGCUCCCACCUCCGGGCAUGAAUAUGCAUUUCCGCCCCGGCGGGAAUCCCGUCCCCUCACCGGCCUCCUCCUCGGGUCGGGGCACGGAGUGCAACGUCCUAAUGAAUUCCUUUCAAAGCGCCCGCUGCCGCCCAGGCCAUCUAUCCCCGGGGCCGGAGUGGGGAGCGCGCCCCGACGCCUUUGUCCGGGUGCAGGCAGGAGAGGAGGCUCUGAGUCCCGGGGGCGCCGUAGACGCACCCCCGCCCGAGCUGCGGGCCAACGCGGCCGACUCCCCAACACUAGCGCCUCGGCGUGAUCUGGUUUUUAAUGAUCGGUGGAACAAUGCCCUUGCUCCCUCCCGGGCAGGGCUGUCGCCGUUCCCAGCGGACGCCCAGACCCAGGACGUCGCAGCCCAGGCCCUGGAGGCGCGUGGACGCCCGGCGCACGCGAGCGCGCUGGCCCGGGGAAAAGAUGCCAGGCCCGGGAGUGGCAGUACGCGCCCGGAGCGGCCCUCCGGCGGCGUCCCCGCGGCGGAGACCUGGAGCGCCCACCGCCCUCUGAAGUUUGCGCGGCCGAUCCAGGAGCAGCUCCGGUUCCAGGUCCGCGCGCUCCGCCGCUGCGCUCGCACCCGCUGGCGGCCUGGAGGCGGAGGGGCGGGGGCCGGAGAAGCCCCGCCCGCGAGCGGCGUAGCCAAUGGGAGGCUGCGCACGCCCCCAUGUGACCCAAACCCAGUCGGGCAGCAGGCGAAAUUCGGGGCUGUCAGAGGACAAGGGAAAGACGAGUCAAAGGUGGAAGACGACCCGAAGGGCAAGGAGGAGAGCUUCUCGCUGGAGAGCGAUCUGGACUACAGCUCGGAUGACAAUCUGCCCGGGCCCGCGGCGCACAAGGAGGAAGAGCCGGGCCACGCGCUGGAGGAGCCCCCGGCGAGCGGUGGCGGCGCGGGCGCCACCACGUCCACCGGCAAGAACCGGCGGCGGCGGACUGCCUUCACCAGCGAGCAGCUGCUCGAGCUGGAGAAGGAGUUCCACUGUAAGAAGUACCUGUCGUUGACCGAGCGCUCGCAGAUCGCCCACGCGCUCAAGCUCAGCGAGGUGCAGGUGAAAAUCUGGUUCCAGAACCGCAGGGCCAAGUGGAAACGGGUGAAGGCCGGCAACGCCAACUCCAAGACAGGGGAGCCCUCCCGGAACCCCAAAAUCGUCGUCCCCAUCCCGGUCCACGUCAGCAGGUUCGCCAUCCGAAGUCAGCACCAGCAGCUGGAGCAGGCACGGCCCUGA